CUAGCUUUGCACAUUUUGGAGUUGGAAAACAAAAUUUCAAGGUUUCGCUUCACAUUUUCUUAAAUAUUGCUUCUUCUACGAUUAUAAACAUAAGAUUUACUGUUUCUAUACUACGCUAGGAUAAUUUACAUAUGAGGAAAGUAUGCAUAUGGCUGACAACAAUAUUGAAUGUGUGAAUUCUGAGAUUUUGGAUCUGAAAUGCUUCAUUAGGGCUGCCAUCGAACUCAAAUGUCAGUGUCGACAGUCGAACUCUGCUGUCGAAAAUAUUGUCGACAAUCGAACUUUCCAGGGAGAAAAAAUCAUCGGGAAAAAAAGAAAAAUUAUUUCUGUGUUGUUGGUUCGUUUUUUCCAAAUCUUUCAACACAAAUAUCAUACAAAUGUUAUGUAAUUGCCUAAUAUUGUUACUAAAUGCCAAGUUAAUAGAAUAUUAUAGACGAAAAUGGGACAAAUACCUGCAAUGUUUCGACCGGGAUUUAUUUCGACUGCUCGGGCGAAAUCUCGUACAACGUCUCGCAAGAGAGAAGAGAAGUCAUGAAGGGAACUUCCGGGUGAAUUUAUUUUUUGAAAAUGAAAUGAAUGUGAACAAUAUUUCCGCAGAAUACGCGCACAUAACACGUUGAAAUGUGUAUUGAAAUGUAUUGGGGCCAUUUGGAUAUUUUCAAGUAAGUAUUGAUAUCGUUUGCUGUCGACAUGACGGGAAUUUUUGUCGACUUCGUUGUCGAACUUGCAUUUUGACUGACAAGUCGACGUUCCGACUAAUGAUGGCAGCCCUAACUGAAGCAAAUCUUAUGCCAAGCCCACUGGUAGGGCUGCCCAAAUGGAAAAAUUACACGAUCACCAUUCGUUUCUGAUGUACUCCAUUACAAACAAUUGACCUUAACUGUCAGGUGUUGACAUUCUAACAAAAUGUGCAAAAUCAUUCCUUAAUCAUUUGUACCGUGUACACUGUUCUAACAUUUUGUGCGGUCAGUUGGAUACAGAUCUAUUUUUGGAAUGAAAAUAGGUGGAGUGAUAUGGCGAAACUAUCGUCAGAUAUGGACACGAUUGAGUCAACUAGACAAUGGUCACCAUAAACGAGUGGUUUUCAGUCAACAUGUGGCAAACCGCUGUGAUGAUGCAGGUUCCACAUUAUCGUAUCCUAAAUUGACUCCUCAGCAAGUCAGCUCAAUCUUACGCAAUAAUGAAAAUACUUUUGAACUGAAACGUGGAAAAUCUGUCAGGAGUUUUGAUACAAAUCAACUCGCAAGUAAUGAUCCCAUUGAAGAUCGCAGAUCAGAGGCACGACUGACCCAAACCGAUGGGUUAAUGUUUGGAGUGUUUGAUGGUCAUGCAGGGUGUGCAUGUGCUCAAGCAGUGAGUGAACGUUUAUUUGAGUACAUAGCAGUCUCACUUUUACCUCCCCACUUACUGGAUGAAUUCAACCAUGCUUUGAAAGAUAGGCUCCCAUCUGUGAAUACUUGGUUACUGAAUUGGUAUCGGCAUGAUAACGAUUAUUUCAACACAUCAAUGGCAUCAUUGUAUAGGAGCAAUCUCCAUCGUUACGUCACAGAGAUGCUAUCGACAAGCUGUAUGGAAGAUGAUCACGAGUUUGUAAUGUGGGAUGCACUUACCAGUGCUUUUGUGCGUCUUGAUCAGGACAUAUCAACUGAGGCAAUGCCAGGUGCUAAUGGACUUGUUAUCAAUCCUGAGAUGAUCGACAUUGCAUUCUCAGGGACAGUGGCAUGUGUGGCACAUAUUGAUGGUCCACAUUUACACAUAGCCAACUCUGGUGACAGUAUGGCAGUAUUAGGCAGCUACGACGAGGACCAAAACAGGUGGCACGCCACAGAGCUUUCUAAAGAACACAAUGCUCAGAAUCUGACAGAAGUAAAACGUAUCAAAGAUAAUCAUCCUUCCAGUGAAUCAAACUUUGUAAUAAAAAAUGAUCGAUUACUCGGACAGUUGGCGCCUCUUAGAGCUUUCGGGGAUGUCCGCUACAAAUGGCAGCAUGCAGACUUAAAAAAACUUACCAUGGCAAUGAACACUCCUUAUGCCCAGAAUUUUAUACCUCCAAACUACUACACUCCACCAUAUUUAACUGUCAGCCCUGAAAUAAAAUAUCACCGAUUACGAUCCCAAGACAAAUUCCUCAUUCUUGCUACUGAUGGAUUAUGGGAUAUGUUAAGUCCUGACAUGGUGAUACGUCUUGUUGGGCAACAUAUGACGGGAAAACAAACCUAUGACCCCUAUGUCCCAAACAAAGGAGUAAAACUGAAGGAUAUCAAUUCAGUUCUCCUUAAAAGGAAAUCUGGAAUUGAAAAUCGAGCAAUUGAUAAAAAUUCAGCGACACAUUUGAUCAGGAAUGCACUUGGAACAUCUGAGUUUGGAGUUCAGCAUAAUAAACUGUCGUUAAUGCUAUCCAUCCCGCAAGAUAUUGUGCGACUAUAUCGUGAUGACAUCACAGUUACAGUCAUUUUCUUUGAUCAAGACUUUUUGCGAACUUGUCCAGCUUAGCUUCAACUUGAACAGUGUGUGAAAAUAUAAACUCUAGGCAGAGUGCAUGCUUUUCAUAGAAAAAGUUAAACAAUUUAUAUUCUAUAAGGCUCUUAGCUCCAAAUAUUGAUUCUGAUUUAUUUAUUAACCCCUUAAAUACACAGACUGAGGAAUGUACAUAUUAUCAAUAACAGAAUUUCUCUAAAUGCCUCUAACUUUGCCAAAUAGACUAGAUGCGAGUAGAAAUAAUCUUGAUUUACGUCAUUAAAUAUUCAAAAUUCAUUCAACGUGAUCUCAUAUUUGAAAUCUGCAUGUAAAAGUACAUCUAGAAAUGUGGUUUCGAAAAUUGUCUAUCAACUUUGAAAAUUUUAUUUUUUUGAAAAUGUGACUUCUUGUUCGGGUUGAUUCCCCAUAGACCCCAUGUUACAAAAUCACAAAAAGUGAAUUAUCUUCUCUUGUAUUGGACAGAUAACAUUUUCUUUUACCGGACAUAUUUUAAUUUGCAUAACUAUUAGAUACAUAAGGGUUAUAUGAAAACUGAACCAAGCAAAUAGAUGUAAUUUAAGUUAAAUUGAACUUUCUACCAUACCCGCCAUGCUAUCUGACCCGAACGAGCCACCUGGUGGUGAAUCUGGUAACUACCUACUCGCAUCUGCGUUAUUGUGUUCAGUUUACAUAAAAUAUGUAUUAGAAUGAGAAUUUGAACUCAGUUGAACAUUUUUUCAAAUAUUGCAGCAUUUGUUGAUGAGAAUUUUGGCAUCCCAUUAAGAAAGAACUGUGCUUGCGCUAAGUGUUUUUCUUUUUUGAGCGUAAAAGUUAUUUUUAACUUUGAACAGUUCUGCCCAAAGUUUUGUAAAAAUUGCAAUUUCCAUGACAUAUCUUAUUUUCAAAAUCUCAAGUGGGUACAGCACCCAUUUGAAGUUGCUUGAUGCUUGGAAGAACACUGAGAAAUCUGUUGAUUUAUUCAUUGUAUACAUAAACUGGGGCAGACCCACUUUGUCGUCUAUCAGGAUGAGUAUACUAAAUUAGAGUGAGAGAUGUAGCCACACAUUGAAAGUUAAAUUAUGAUAUAAUGCACCUAUUAAUUAAGCACUUUAUUGCCAAAAUUUUAUUAAAUUUUGCUUUUACUAAUGAUGAAUGAACUUGACUGACCAUUAUAAGCAGUGUAUUUGUAUACUAACUAUUAUUGCCAUAAUUGAUUUGCCAAAAUGUGAGGUUGAGAGUUUCACAAGCAUGUAUACAUGGUUUUAAUCUAAAUUGACUACUCAGAGCAUAGACAUCUGCAACAUGUCUUAGAUAUACAUACUUGUAUAUGUAUGUAAUGGGAGGGUUUUAUACAGGGCUUAUCACAAAAUUUUAGAAUAGAUUAUUUAAGGUAAAUAUUAAUUUUAAAACUUUAAAUAUGAAAUUUGUCAAAAUACAACUUUCUUUAAGAUUAAAGCCUUGUGAAAAUUUUCAUCUUUGAAGUUUCAAAAUGAAUACCGUUUAAAACUUAGUUUUAAAAAAUGGAGUGGAACAAGAAUGGAUAUAGCUGUUGGACUCAUCCUGGAAUCGUGGGCCUUAGUGAUUGUUAAAUAGAUACAAAAAUAUCCAUAUAUUUCCCUUGAUGUACUUUUUGCAUAUUAUGUACCUUUGUGUAGGUAUAACGUAUGAGAUACUAUAAAAAUAUGCAAUAUUGCUUACCACCAGAAGGUAUAGUAAAACCUGUGUAUAGUGAACACCUAUGGAGCCACAAAAAUGUGCCCACUGUAGGUAGGUGCUCACUACAGAGAGGUGAUCUUGUACAGAUAUCAAUGGUGUAUUGUGCUGAAAAGGCUGGUUCACUAGACACAGGUCCUUACUAGAGAAAGAUGUUCACUAAGACAGGUUUAACUGUAAUAGAUACAUAAUUGUGUUUUUUAACCUUAAACAGAUGAGAUGCCAGUAAGAGUAAUCAUUCAAUAUUCAGAAUUUAGUCAAAUUGAUAUCAUACAGUCAUAUUUCAUAUCUGGAUCCAAAAUUGCAUGUCAUUCUGCCAAAAAUAACCAAUUUAUUUGUUUACUGUAUAUAUGUACAGUAAACAGGUAAAUUGGUUACCACCAAUUUAUAUGUUUGAUAUGAUCAGUUUUAUAUGAUGGAGGCCGAGGGCCUCAUGUUUGUGUCAUGAGUGCAUCGUAUAUUAGUUAGUACACAUGUAGUUACACAUGUUAUUUAGAAUAAAAAUUACAUAAUUUAAACUGAGAAAAUCUUGUUUUGGUCCUUAUUUAAUUUGGGACCAGUUUAUAAAAAUUGAGCCCAUCUUCUCCAAAUAAGGUCUGUUUUCU